AUGGAUGGCGAUCCGAGUGUCGAGCCUGGUCUUGAUGGCUUCAGUCGUAUUCUUCCCCUCCCCUAUCGAGUCGCAAUAAUCCUUGUCUGCGGAAUAUGGGCAUGGGGCUUGAACUUGCACUACCUCUACUUCGUCAAGAUUGACGUCCCUGCGCUCAUACGAUAUUCUACCAGGACGACACAACGGCAUAUUCCGCAUCAUCACUCUACCUAUCGACUGGCUACCUUUCUCACAAUUCCACUCGCCGUAUCAUUCUUUUUCUUCUGGACCAUUACUGGUGGAGAGAAGGAGAUUGUGAGGCAAUGGCAGAUCCUUCCUCAGUCGUAUCUGGUGUUUUUCGCUCUUUGCUUCAUCGUGCCGAUUCAACGCAUGUCGCAUAAUGGACGGUCGAGGUUCGUACAAACGCUCAAAAGAGUUAGUAUUGGUGGUCUUGCACAGAUACAGGAUGGAAAAUUCGGCGACAUUUUGCUUGCUGAUGUCCUUACGAGUUAUGCCAAAGUUUUAGGAGAUUUGUUCGUGUCAACCUGUAUGCUUUUGUCCAGCAAGACCACCUCCACAUCGAAGCCUGACCGUGGUUGUGGUGGACAAUACCUCGUUCCACUCGUCAUCAGCAUACCGUCCAUCAUCCGUCUACGGCAGUGUCUAAUCGAGUUUGUACGUGUUCGAAAGAAUAGGACCGCAGACUCUGGAUGGGGUGGUCAACACCUUGCAAACGCCUUGAAAUAUGCGACCGCCUUUCCUGUUAUCAUCCUGAGCGCGAUCCAGAGGGGCUACGAUCCAAAGAGGAUCAACAUGUCUGAAACGGGUCUUUUUCGCCUAUGGCUUUUCUUUGUUUUUAUAAAUUCAUUCUACUCUUUCUACUGGGAUGUCGCCAAAGAUUGGGAUCUGAGUCUCUUCUCGUCUGCACGCGAACGGAACAACCCCGAGCAUCCUUGGGGCUUGCGACGCAAUCGCUAUUUUCACGCCAGGCAAAUGUACUAUACUGCCAUCGUUAUUGAUUUCUUCCUACGGUGCACCUGGAGCAUCAAGCUAUCACCACAUCUGGAUCACUUCAACGAUCUAGAAGGAGGGAUCUUCCUCAUGGAGCUGCUGGAGGUUGUCCGUAGAUGGAUGUGGAUUUUCUUGCGCGUUGAGACAGAAUGGGUUAGGAAUAAUAAAGGGCCAGCGCCAGACGAUAUCUUGCUUGGUGAAUUUGGGGCAAAGAUAGACGAGGACUAG